AUGUCUGCCGACGAAAAGGUUGCAAAUGACGCUUUGGAUAAAGUUUUAUCCAACAAUGAAUUGACUGGUUCAAGUAUUGGUGGUGGAUUCGAAGAAGAUGAAGGCAGAGAACCAACCGAAUUAGAAAUGAAGACAUUAAGACAUGUUUCUGCUCCAAUGCCAUUAAGAUGUUGGUUAGUUGCUAUUGUCGAAUUAGCUGAAAGAUUCUCAUACUAUGGUUUAUCAGCUCCAUUUCAAAACUAUAUGCAAAAUUCCCCAACUGAUUCUCCACCAGGUCUUUUAGCUUUAAAUCAAUCAGGUGCUACUGCUUUAUCUUAUUUCUUCCAAUUUUGGUGUUAUAUUACUCCAAUCUUUGGUGGUUGGGUUGCUGAUACUUAUUGGGGUAAAUAUAAAACCAUUUUCUGGUUUUGUAUUCUUUAUAUCAUUGGUAUUUUCAUUUUAUUUAUUACUUCCUUACCAGCCAUUACUUCCAGAGCUACUGGUAUUGGUGGUUAUGUUGCCGCCAUUAUUAUCAUUGGUAUUGCUACCGGGGGUGUCAAAUCUAAUGUUUCUCCAUUAAUUGCCGAUCAAAUUCCAAAGACUAAACCAGCCAUCAAGGUUCUUAAAUCUGGUGAAUUAGUCGUUGUUGAUCCAAAUAUUACCGUUCAAAACGUUUUCAUGUUCUUUUAUUUGAUGAUUAAUAUUGGUUCUUUAUCUGUUAUUGCCACUACUGAAUUAGAAGCUCAUGUUGGUUUCUGGGCUGCUUACUUGUUACCAUUCUGUUUCUUCUUCGUUGCUAUCGGUGCUUUAAUCCUCGGUAGAAACCAAUAUAUCAAAGUUCCAGUCGGUGAUAAGAUCAUUAACAAGUCCUUCAAGUGUGCUUGGAUUGGUGUUACUAACAAAUUCAACUUGGAUGCUGCCAAGCCAUCAUUAAACCCAGAAAAGAACUACCCAUGGUCCGACCAUUUUGUUGAAGAAGUUAAAAGAGCUGUCUAUGCUUGUAAGGUUUUCGUUUUCUAUCCAAUCUAUUGGGUCGUUUAUGGUCAAAUGUUGAACAAUUUCGUUUCUCAAGCUGGUCAAAUGGAAUUACAUGGAUUACCAAAUGAUUUCUUACAAGCCAUUGAUUCUAUUGCUAUUAUUGUGUUUAUUCCAAUUUUCGAAAGAUUCGCAUAUCCAUUCAUUAGAAAAUUCACUCCAUUUAGAGCUAUUACCAAGAUUUUCUUUGGUUUCAUGUUUGGUGCUGGUGCCAUGGUUUAUGCUGCAGUUUUACAAUAUUACAUCUAUAAAGCUGGUCCAUGUUAUGACUUCCCUAAGGCUUGUGCUGGUUUUGAAAACGUCCCAAACCAUGUCCAUGUUGCCAUCCAAACUCCUGCUUAUGUCUUAAUUGCCAUUUCUGAAAUCUUAGCUUCUAUUACUGGUUUAGAAUAUGCUUAUACCAAGGCUCCAGUUGCCAUGAAAUCAUUCAUUAUGUCUAUGUUCUUGCUUCAAAACGCUUUCGGUUCUGCUUUGGGUAUUGCCAUGUCUUCCACUUCUGAAGAUCCAAAGAUGGUUUGGACUUAUAGUGGAUUGGGUGUUUCUUGUUUCAUUGCCGGUUGUUUGUUCUGGAUCUUCUUCCAUCAUUACAAUGACAAGGAAGAAGAACUCAAUCAAUUGGAAUACGACGCUGACGAAGCUGAAGCUCAUCAAGUUGAUUUGGUUCCAGUUGUUUCCUUAGCUCAAUCUCACAAGAGUCUUGCUUAA